UACCAUUCGUCUCAGAUCGAAUGAUCGAUCGGUCUAGCCCGAUAAAAACGAGGCCCGAAAAAAACGACUCGAACGUCGGCCCGAUUCGAAAACCCCAACCCUACUUCUGUAUAUCAUUUGUCUCGUUUUACUACAAUACCAUUUUGUAUUGCACCAUUUUGUCCUUACCAUUAUGUCUGGACACUAAUUUCACAUUUUUGACAGCCGUUAGAGAUAUAGAGCGACCCAGCUCUGUUUGUCAGCAAGUAAAAUCAAUAAAAACUUUCGAAAAUACUGGAAAGAAUGCAAUGCUUGCGUGCAUUUUUAUUUACAAAAUUUUUUUUCCUUUCAACAACUGCUGUUAGAGGGAAGGUUCCUCCGAAAAAAAUACUUUGUACUCGCUCUUAUCAUUUUAGUUAGUCAGUCAUGUGAUUAAGUACCGACACGCAAACAUCCAUCUCCACUUUUUCUUUCAUCUCUUUUUGCGUUCUACUGCUUUAUUGACUUUGGGGAGUAUUCAACAGAGAUGAGGAAAUAUUUAGUAAAUUCCAUAAUCAUUUUUCUUAGUCCUUUUUGUCAAAAAAAGCUAUUUAGUCGUUGCCCUAGCAACUACAAACACUUCUUUUUCAUCUUUCAUUGU